AAACCUCCCAAACAAUCAGCUGCUCGUUCAAAAUAACCCAAAGCCAAAGUGCAUCGAAAUCGCGUUGCCCUGGCAGCCGGCAUAACCUACCUCAGGGUUCUAUUUACUAUCGAUUCCACUGAGUUGGCCUCUACAGUCUGGUUUAUGUAACUCCGUAGUUGCCGCAUGGUCAUCGCAGUCGGAUUUUGCCUCAGAGUGGCUCGGCAGUUCUCCACGACUUCCUCGAAAAUGCCCGCGCUCAACGCGAUGAUUCCGGGCAUUUACAAGCACUCACGCUGCCGGAACAACGUCUACCCGCGGUGCGACAUCCGGCGCUAUCCGGUUCCGGACGAGAGUGUCUUCUGGUCGCAACCCUAUCCGGACUACCAGCCGCCGGUGUACGAGUCGGACGUCCUCGCUGGGAAGGACUGGGCCGAUUUGGAUGUUGACGAUCCGAAUUUCAAGGUCCGCUGGAAUCAGCUCGAUGGGAAGGUUAGCCGGGUUAGCUUUAUAGGGGAGUACGAGGUUCGCGACGGGUAUCCGAUGAAUCUGUUUGGACGGACCGGGUUGCGUGGUCGGGGAUUGUUGGGUCGUUGGGGACCGAACCAUGCGGCCGAUCCGGUGGUGACCAAGUGGAAGCGGGACGCGGCUGGAGAGCCGAUGGUGAACGAAACUACCGGGAGAAGGAUUCUGCAAAUGUGCGCCAUUGAACGGCACGAUUGCGGCGAGUGGGCCAUUCCGGGAGGGAUGGUCGAUUCGGGGGAAACGGUCAGCACCACCCUGAAGCGCGAGUUCCUCGAGGAAGCGAUGGCCAGUGCGGACGGGGCCGCCACCGACCAGGUGGAGCAAUUCUUCACCAGUGGGCGGGAGAUCUACAAGGGCUACGUGGACGACCCGCGCAACACGGACAACGCCUGGAUGGAGACGGUGGCGGUCAACUUCCACGAUGGGGACGGCAGCGUCGUGGGUUGCUUUGAUCUGCACGCUGGCGAUGACGCCGCCAAGGUCCGCUGGAUGGACGUGGACGGUGGGGUGAAGCUGUACGCCAGCCACGCGAGUAUCGUGAGGAGGGUUGCGGACUGGCACGAUGCCCACUGGUAGGCGGCGGUUUCGGAAGGAAGUGAAACUUGAUUCCGUUGAGUUUUAUUGAGUAAAAUAAUAACAUGUAUUACAGUAUUGAUUCUUAUGUUGUUUUUUUCUUUUUUGCUGACAUUCGAGAACGUCCUAAAAAUAUGUUCCAUUUUUUUAGAUGGGUAAAAGUUUUUUUUUUGUAGGUUUUCCUUUCGUUAAGAUUCAUUUUGGAGAGUAAAGAUUAAAAUCAGAUUUAUGACAAAAGCUGUUCACUCACAAAAUAUGAUGAUUUCAUUUGGGGUUUUUCUAUUGCAAUUUCUCUGUUCAAUCAGCAAACAACUAAAGGUGAGCAUAUUUGAUAAUCUCCAAUGAGCGUGCAUGUAGUACGGAUCAGAACCAAACGUAGUAGUCGGAUAAAAUGGCUGGAGGGAGCAAUAUACGAUGGUUUUUAGUCGUUUGCACUAUCAGAUUAGACUAAGUAGUUGCUUUUUGUUUUGUUUCAUCUCUAUGUAUGUGUUUGGUUGUUCACGCCACGUUCACUGCUGUUUGCAUUUUAGGCUCAGCUUUCGUAUUUUAAUUAGAUUAUUUUAUCUUUUAUGUAGCUCCGCUCUUUUCCACCCUGGCCACGGAACAGAUAUUCAUUGCACGUUUGUUUGUAAGUUACUGUCUGUCGGAGCCAAAUCACACGUUCUCUGCGUUUGACUAGUUCUUGCAAGGUUGCAUUAAUCUUUCUUCCCCUCCCCUAGUACUGCUUCUAGUGAUUGACUUACAUUUAUCGUGUAUCUACAACGUUUUGCCCAGCUUGCACUAUGAGAAUAAUUCAAAUGUAUACGGUAAUAGUUUGCCUCAAGUAACUGCAUCUACUUAACAAAGGGAGAUUGCUCUGCUUGUUUUAAAUUUAUUUAUAGUAUUUUUGUUUGCACUAAAUUACAACGCCUUGCAAAUCGAACAAAUUGCCACAAUCCAAACCUAAGCUACGCUUUUGCACCGGACCUAAAUGCGUUUCCUAAUGUAUCGGCUAAAGUCUAAAAGUAAAAACAGGCAAAAAUAAACUGUCUCUAUCUAUGUACAAAUAAAUAAAUAUGCUACAACAAAACUAAAACCGAACUUGC